AUGGGCGGUCAUUUCGUUGACCUGUUCCCACGAGACGGACAAUUCCACUGGAGACUCAUUCCUUUCAUCUUGAUCUGGGCCGCAUUUGCAAUUGUAUUCUUGAUAUGGCUGCUACUCACAGUAUUUGUCCCUGAUCCACGAAAACCGCGGCCCUCAGAAAAGACAUUCACCACAGUGGACAGAACGGGUGAUGUUACGGACCCCGAACCCUUACCGUGCUGGUACGAUGGCAUACUACGGAAAUACGUCAAGGCCAGAGAGGAGGAGAAGGAAAUUGAGCUGGAGAAAGAGAUCGAGCCGGCAGAAUUAUUCAUGACCCUUGUGGUGCCGGCGUUCAAUGAGGAGAACCGGCUGACAGGCAUGCUGGAAGAAGCGGUCAAUUUUCUCGAGACUGAAUACGGAUCAACGGCGACAGCCAGUGCAGAUGGAGAGACUACUAUCCCAGAGAAGUCUGUCAACUCGGAGGGCCCGACGACUCGACGCAGAAAAGCCAAUGGCACUACAACGGACUCAGCAUCACCCGACCCCCCGGGUCCUCGUGGUUGGGAAAUCCUCCUGGUCGACGAUGGCUCAACCGACGACACCAUCCUUACCGCGCAGACCUUCUCACGCAAACACAUCCUCCCCAAGAAGCCACGCCGCGACUCUGGUCCCUGGACACACCGCUGCGAAACUGGCGUCAAGAUCCCUCCUGGCUCCAUCCGCAUGAUCUCUUUGGAAGAGAACCGCGGCAAAGGCGGCGCCGUCACACACGGCAUGCGACACGCACGCGGCCAAUACGUCGUCUUCGCCGACGCAGACGGCGCCUCUAAGUUCUCCGACCUGGACAAAUUGGUCCGGGCAUGCCGCGAGGUCGAGGAUUCGGGCGGCCGCGGCGUCGCCGUCGGCUCUCGCGCUCACCUUGUCGACAGCGAAGCAGUCGUCAAACGCUCCACACUGCGCAAUUUCCUAAUGCAUUCGUUCCAUCUGCUCCUCAAGUUCAUGACCCCCCCACAGACUGCCCGCAUCAAGGACACACAAUGCGGAUUCAAGCUGUUCUCCCGGCCUACGCUACCUUAUAUCGUCCCGCACAUGCAUAUGGACGGAUGGAUCUUCGAUGUCGAAAUGCUCAUGCUCGCCGAGUUUGCAGGCAUUCCUGUCGUCGAGGUCCCUGUGGGUUGGCGCGAGGUUGUGGGCAGUAAGUUGAAUGUUCUAAGAGAUAGCAUUGGGAUGGCGAUUGGGUUGGCGGUCUUGAGGGUUUGCUGGGGAACAGGCAUUUAUAGACGGUGA